UUACUUCAGCUGUGCAGGGACUCGUGUUGUUGGGGUAGUUGUGGCCGGUAGUUUUGGGAUGUUCGGGUCUUCGCCGUUUCGCCAAGUUGCUUCGUGAGGGACGGCUGCCUUGUUUUUUUUACUUCUCGGCGUUUAGAAAGCGAGGAUGCCGCUCGAGUUGGAGUUGUGAAGGCAAAGAAAGGCCAGUAGAGGACUGUGUGGAAAAUUAGCGUUAAGGUUACAGCGGCAUGGAGUUCCCGCAACACCCGAAGCCGGCGGCGGACGGCAAGAUUAUUUACCCGCUCGGAGUGAAGGAGAUCACGGACAAAAUCAGCAACGAUGAAGUGGUCAAGCGGUUAAAGUUGGUGGUGAAAACGUAUAUGGAUAUGGAUCAGGACUCUGAGGAGGAAAAGCAGCAGUACCUGGCUCUUGCACUACACCUGGCCUCAGAAUUCUUCCUGCGCAACCCCAAUAAAGAUGUUCGGUUGCUCGUGGCCUGCUGCCUUGCAGAUAUCUUCAGGAUCUACGCCCCUGAAGCUCCAUACACCUCUCACGAUAAACUCAAGGAAAUUUUUUUGUUCAUCACUCGUCAGCUGAAGGGUUUGGAGGACACUAAGAGUCCCCAGUUCAACAGAUACUUCUACCUUCUGGAGAAUCUGGCAUGGGUGAAGUCGUAUAAUAUAUGCUUUGAGCUCGAGGACUGUAACGAGAUCUUUAUUCAGCUCUUCAAAACUCUCUUCUCUGUCAUCAAUAACAGCCAUAACCAGAAGGUGCAGAUGCACAUGCUUGACCUGAUGAGCUCCAUCAUCAUGGAAGGUGAUGGAGUAACCCAAGAGCUGCUGGACACCAUCCUGAUUAACCUCAUCCCUGCACACAAGAACCUGAAUAAACAAGCAUAUGACUUGGCCAAGAUGUUGCUGAAGAGGACUGUACAGACCAUUGAAACGUGCAUUGCCUCAUUCUUUAAUCAGGUGUUGGUGAUGGGUAAGUCCUCUGUGAGUGAUCUGUCUGAACAUGUAUUUGACCUCAUACAAGAGCUGUUUGCCAUCGACCCCCUGUUGCUGGUGUCCGUCAUGCCACAGCUUGAGUUUAAGUUGAAGAGCAAUGAUGGAGAGGAGCGUUUAGCUGUUGUAAAGCUAUUGGCUAAACUCUUCGGUGCAAAAGAUUCAGAACUGGCCACCCAAAACCGCCCGCUCUGGCAAUGCUUUCUGGGAAGGUUUAAUGAUAUCCAUGUGCCUGUGAGACUGGAGUGUGUGAAGUUUGCCAGCCACUGCCUCAUGAACCAUCCAGACUUGGCUAAGGACCUUACAGAGUACUUGAAGGUACGGUCACAUGACCCUGAAGAGGCAAUCCGUCAUGAUGUCAUUGUGACUAUCAUCAAUGCUGGGAAGAAGGACCUGAACCUGGUUAACGACCAGCUGCUGGGCUUCGUCCGAGAGAGAAUGCUGGACAAGAGGUGGCGUGUUCGUAAAGAAGCGAUGAUGGGUUUGGCACAGCUGUAUAAGAAGUACUGCCUGCACCAUGAGGCUGGCAAAGAAUCGGCUCAGAAAAUCAGCUGGAUCAAAGACAAACUGCUGCACAUAUACUACCAGAACAGCAUUGAUGACAAGCUGCUGGUGGAAAAGAUCUUUGCGCAGUUUAUGGUUCCUCACAGUUUGGAGACUGAGGAGAAGAUGAAGUGUUUAUAUUACCUUUACGCCUGCCUGGACACCAACGCCGUCAAAGCUCUGAAUGAGAUGUGGAAGUGUCAGAACAUGCUGAGAGGACUCGUGAGGGAACUUCUGGACCUGCACAAGCUGCCCACGUCUGAAGCAAACACAGCAGCCAUGUUUGGAAAGCUCAUGACCAUUGCCAAGAAUCUGCCUGACCCAGGGAAAGCUCAGGACUUCAUGAAGAAAUUUAAUCAGGUUUUGGGUGAAGAUGAGAAGCUGCGUCUGCAGCUGGAGCAGCUCAUCAGCCCAACCUGCUCCUGCAAACAAGCCGAGCAGUGUGUGAGAGAGAUAACACGCAAGCUGACCUACCCCAAGCAACCUACAAACCCCUUCCUGGAGAUGGUUAAGUUUCUGCUGGAGAGAAUUGCACCAGUUCACAUUGACUCUGAGGCCAUCAGUGCCCUGGUAAAGCUUUUAAAUAAGUCCAUCGAGGGCACUGCUGAUGAUGAAGAUGAGGGAGUUACUCCUGACACUGCCAUUCGUGCUGGACUGGAACUACUCAAGGUUUUGUCGUUCACUCACCCCACAUCAUUCCACUCCGCUGAGACCUACGAGUCUCUUCUGCAGUGUCUUAAAAUGGAGGAUGAUAAGGUGGCAGAGGCUGCGAUUCAAAUCUUCAGAAACACAGGCCAGAAGAUUGAGAGCGAGCUGCCACAGAUCAGAUCGACUCUUAUUCCCAUACUUCACCAGAAAGCCAAGAGAGGGACCCCACACCAAGCCAAACAGGCAGUGCACUGCAUCCAUGCGAUUUUCCACAACAAAGAAGUCCAGCUGGCUCAGAUAUUUGAGCCGUUGUCUCGCAGUCUGAACGCCGAUGUCCCGGAGCAGCUGAUCACUCCUCUGGUCUCUUUGGGUCAUAUCUCCAUGCUGGCUCCAGAUCAGUUUGCCUCACCCAUGAAGUCCAUUGUAGCCAACUUCAUUGUAAAAGAUCUGCUGAUGAACGACAGAUCUGUGGGCAGUAAGAACGGCAGACUGUGGACUACUGAUGAUGAAGUUUCCCCUGAAGUGUUGGCAAAGGUUCAAGCCAUUAAACUGCUGGUACGAUGGUUGUUAGGGAUGAAAAAUAACCAGUCUAAAUCGGCUAACUCCACUCUCAGACUGCUCUCUGCCAUGCUGGUCAGCGAGGGAGACCUAACGGAACAGAAAAAGAUCUGCAAGUCAGAUAUGUCUCGGCUAAGACUGGCAGCAGGCAGCGCCAUAUUGAAACUGGCACAGGAGCCCUGCUACCACGACAUUAUCACACCAGAACAGUUCCAGCUCUGUGGACUUGUCAUUAAUGACGAGUGUUACCAGGUUCGUCAAAUAUUUGCUCAGAAGCUACACAUGGCACUGGUGAAGUUGCUGUUGCCCCUGGAGUAUAUGGCUGUGUUUGCCCUGUGCGCUAAAGACCCAGUUAAAGAGAGACGUGCCCAUGCCAGACAGUGCCUGCUGAAGAACAUCAGUGUCCGUAGGGAAUACAUCAAACAAAAUCCCAUGGCACAGGAGAAGCUUCUGUCCCUUUUGCCGGAGUAUGUGGUGCCAUACAUGAUCCACUUGCUGGCACAUGACCCAGACUUCACAAAACCACAGGACUUCGAACAGCUCAGAGACAUCAAAGAGUGUUUGUGGUUCAUGUUGGAGGUGCUGAUGACGAAGAAUGAGAAUAACAGUCAUUCCUUCCUAAGGAAGAUGGUGGAGAACAUCAAACAGACAAAAGAUGCUCAAGCACCUGAUGAUCCAAAGGCCAAUGAGAAACUGUACAUCGUUUGUGACGUGGCGUUGUUUGUCAUCACAAAUAAGAGUACUUCUUGUCACUUGGACUCACCCAAAGACCCGGUGCUCCCCAUUAAGUUCUUCACUCCACCUGAUAAGGACUUCAUCAAUGAUAAGGACUAUCUCUCUGCUGAGGCCAGAACUGUCCUGCUGACUGGAAAAAUUCAGCAACAGCCAAAGCAGACAGGAGUGCUGGGAGCAGUGAACAAGCCUUUAGUGGUCACAACAGUACGCAGACCAUAUACUAAAUCCACGGUUUCCAACACCGGAAGCAACGCCAGCACCAACUCCCAGCCCGUUUCUCCAGCUACUCCUAAGAACAAGGACGUUAGUUCUCAUGCAUCAGAAGCGGGAGCGAGAGAGAAUGAAGAGAAUCCACAGAUUGUCAAAGCGGAUGGUGUAAAGAAGGAGGAAGAAACAACACCAGCUCAGGCCAGCGGGAGAAAGCGAAGCGCUCCAGCGAGCGACGGAACCGAGAACAGCGUGGCCGUGAACCCCGUGGGAGCAUCACCGACCCCUCCGAACAAACCUCGCCGAGGCAGACCCCCAAAAAACCCAGCAGCAGCAGCCAACAAAGAGAAAGAGGUCACAACUACACCCGGGAGUGGAGCUGGGCGGGGCAGGAAGAGGGCGACACCCUCCCAGGAUCCUACGUCUACAGCCUCAGCUGAACCAAUCAGUGGCAAGAUACCAAAACAACAGAAAGAAACAGAUUCCAAGCGGGCAGGACAACAGAGGCAGAUCGACCUGCAAAGGUAAAGCGACGGCCCACAAAAGUCCGACUGUACAGCCUCGCUGCCCAACAGAUGCCCCAUUUACACACACAAACGCUCUUUUGAUUCUGAUGUGAACUCUACACACACACAAUUCUACACACACAUACUUGAAAACAGAAGUGUGAGUGCGCGCACAUCGGCACACCACCUGAACUAUACUACAACCCUCACCUUUAGACCAAUGAGGAUUGAGACGUUUCGGUUCUGUUGAGCGUUACAAUACCUAGACACAACACUGUUCCCUCUUACGAUGUUUAAUUUCUUCUUUACCACUGUCUGGAGCCAUUUUUAAAAAUGAGUAUUUGGAAGUAAAAAAGACAGUUUUAAUCUAAUUAUACCAUUGCUUAUUAAAUGCCUGGAAAGAUUCGGUGUUUCCUGUGCAUUCUCUCCUGCUCUGCCAGACGUUUCUCCCAGUCCGUCGGGUCUGUUCUGUGAGACACAAAUGUGUUUCAGUGAUGGGGAACAUGUUUAAUGGUUACUGUAAUAACAUUUUUAGACCUGCAUCCAAUAUUUUAUCACCGGGGAAAGAAACGGACCCGGUGUGAGGUCAGCAGAUGAUCCCGUCGCAUUCUGAAAGCCCAGAUCUGUAUAUGAAGUUUGAAUCUAUGCGCUCUUGUUGCAGAUGUGGCAUUUCUGUACUUGUGUAUGUGGUUUUAGGUUCAAAGCAGUAGGCAAGUUCUUCAUGUUUCUUCGACUGCAUUGUACGCAAGUUCAGAACUUGUAGUUAAAUACCUUGAUUUAAUCAAAAGCCUGGCAGAGGAAAGAUUUGCCUUUUUUAUCGUGUUUUGUACAAAGCAUAAAAAUGCCAGAAUUGGGCUUCUCGCGCUUCCUCCUCUGGGUUCAGAGGAGCGAGUGAUGCUGUCGAAUUUUUUAUACAGACGAUUCAUUUUGAACUGAGAAAAUGUUCAGAUGCAGCAGCUAUUGUACUGCAUUCAAAAAAAAAAUUUAAUGAUUUGAAAUUGUUUAUGGUUUUUUCUUUUCUACUGUUUUACAUUAUUUUAGGAUGGGUCUGUUUUAUCUUUAGUCUGACUUCAAUUCUUUGUCCGUUUAAAAAAAAAACAACAAAAAAUUACACACCUUUUCAUUUUCAAGCAUUUUUUAUUCAAAGAAAUGAUAGUUUCACAAUAAAUAACCAUGCUUGUACAGAUUGCUUAGAUUUUUUGACUUUUUUUCCACUUCCUAACAGAGAACAGAUGCCCCCCCCUCCCCUCCCCCUUUUAGCUGUUUCUUCGUGCAAUAUUGAACAUGGUCAUUACUACAGGAAGACAGACUUGUAUUUAUUUAUUUUUUUGUGUCGUUUUCAUUUUCAUACAAAACAGAAACCAAGCCAUCGAUGGUGCACUGAGUAGAUGGCCAAUACUUAAAGAAAGGGACUUGGCAUUAUGUACACGUGAAGGGAAGUUUUGUGUGCAUUUCUGUUCACGCCAGAGCAGAACUGGUUCAGGUGGUUGGGUCGGCGUGUUGGAUCCUACUGGAUGUUAGGAUUUAAAGAUGGGGUGAGGAUUAGACAUUCCAUUGCAGCACAUUCAGUGUGUAGAUAUAAUCUUUUCUUUGAAAUGAUCAACCAAAUCAUCGUACUGACCAUCAUUCCUACUGUUGGAUUCAAACCCCCCCAUUUACGGAAAUGAGAGAAAAUAAAUCUGGCUUCUGAACAAUUCCGCAAGAUAAAAUGGCUUCAGAUUCUCACUGAAGCCUCAUUUCACAUUUGUUGGCAUUAAAUAGAUGCUGAAAAAUGUUGACACGGGUGCGACGCCGGAUUCAGUCCGAAAACACCUCUAACAUUAUUUAGAUCAAACAAAAAAAUGCAACCUGAUUCACUCAGAGGUGAACAUUUUCACAAGAAAGUUAAUUGUGUUAUAAUGAAAGUUUUAUACUCCCAGUUCCAGGACAACAAAAAAUUCAGAAAUCAAAAUAUUACUGUUUAUUCCGUAUCACACCACGUCAUCUGGCCCGUGUAGGCUUACGUGUAAAUGUUUUAGUAUUUAGGAAAGGCUGUUUUAAGUCAUCUGAUUCUUGCCUCCCGACUAAAUCCAUGAAACUUAGAAAAACUAAACACUCCCAUCAUCUCCAUCCUGAAUGUACACACAGCUUUAACACACCUAUUUACACACUAUAGCAGGCUUUCUCAUGGAGCAUCUGAAGUGGCAGUCAUACAGGCUUCCCCUCAUUUUGGUUCUUUCUAGAAAAUGGACCACAAUCAUGAGAGAAGGGUGGAGGAGGCCGUCGUAUGGCUUUUCACAAAGACCGCAGAGUCGUACGGAGGCAGGGUCGGGAUCGCUUCGUAAUCGUCAGGCUCUUAAUUUGGCUCUAGCUGCUUGAAUGAUUUGCAUUAGCACUGGGAAUAGAACACUUCCUUUACUGAGAUGCCUCCGUGACACACACACACACACACGUUCUAGUUCGGAGUGGACGUUAAAACCCGGAGCGGACCGGGCCGAUCUUAUUCUUUUACGUUGAGCUGAUCUCGAUACAUGCUGUGAUGUUUUUUAAAAAGAAAAAAAGAAAA